AUGGCUAGUCGGGGAACGCGGAGCAAAGCUGAUACAAAUGCAGCUAUACUCAAGAAGCUCCUCAAAGACUCUGGCAAUAAGUAUUGUUGCGACUGCAAAACAGCGGAUCAUCCGCGAUGGGCUUCAUGGAAUCUCGGCAUCUUCCUGUGCAUUCGUUGCUCUGGGAUUCAUCGAAGCAUGGGAACUCACAUUUCGCGAGUCAAAUCGGUCGACUUGGAUGCUUGGACAGAUGAGCAGACACAAUCAAUGAUACUUUGGGGCAAUACGAAAGCAAACAAGUACUGGGAAGCCAAGUUGGCUAGAGACCAUGUCCCAUCUGACGGGAAGAUCGACAACUUUGUGAAAACCAAGUAUGUUUCACGGCGCUGGACAUCUCAGCCUGACCGGCCAGACCCCGAGGCUCUAAGCGACGAUGAGGGCAAUGAGCCGAUCCCUACAGCUGUCAAAUUACCCGUACAGGAGAACACGACGCGUACUGCACGACCUGCACGGCCUUUCGAAGCUGCAGCGCCACUCUCAUCGUUGCUUGACUUUGGCUCGGAGCCUCAGCAGCCCGUGGCAGGUAAUGCAGCAUCCACGGCACCUCAAGGACAACAAGCAACGCUUGACUUUCAGCAAGAGCCCCCAAAGCCGGAUGCAGCAAAGAAGACAAACUUAUCCCUCCUCUCCAAUGCUGUCCCGGCGACGUCGGCACAAAACAACCGGAAUGAUCUCAAAAUGUCCAUUAUGUCUCUAUAUGCCAGUGCACCACGCAAUCAAGCCCCAUCGAGGAGCGCGCGAAACGAGCCUCAUCAAAACGAUGCAUUCUGUGGUAGUCAACAGACUGCGCCCAGCAGAGAUCAAGGUGGUAUGAAUGACCUGAGUGGUCUUUUCGGUAAUGUCAGCUUUGCACCGCCCCUAAUGCAGAGUCAAGCCGCACCAAACAAUGCCAGAAGCAACUUCGAGUCUCCAGCGCCGUCGGCUGCUGCUCAUCCAGCAUGGCAGUCGAGUGUGCCCGCGGCAUCCGCGACAGACGACUGGGCAAACGGGAUUAGUGGAGGACCGUCCACCACAAAAAGUGCGAUGUCUUCGACUAAGCAAACAUCAGCAUUUGACGACCUUUAUUCCACAAGUGAUGUCUGGAAGUAG